AUGGCUUAUUCCAGCCCGCGCGCAAGUCCGUGCCCAGCUCCAGCAGGACGCGCGCCUAGCCCACUUGCGAGUGGCCCCGAGCCCAAUGUGCUUAGUAUGGCCCAAGUCCUUGGAAGCCCAAUAUGUUCCGAGUAUUCUGGAGUCACCGGAAAAGUUGCCGGAAGUUCGGCAAAGGACCGCCUAGGGUCAUCAGCCGCGCCAGUCGCGCGUGCCGUGCCCGUGCCGCAUCGCAUAGGCCAGGCAGUGCCUCUGUCCGUGCCCGCGCCUAGCGCUCGCGAGGCACCACAGCCCCCAGCGCACGCGACAGCGCCCAGCAGCGCCUGUCCGUGCCAGCCAGCGAGGUCUCAGCGCCAGAGCACCUCCGACAGUGCCCGACAGCGUUGUCCCAGCGUCAGUGCACGCGUGACCUCGAGCAAGUCGCUCGUGCCACGCGAAGUCGACCUCGGGUCGUGCCAGCAGCGCACCCGAGUGUUCAGUGUCCACCCGAGUGGCCCCAGUGUGCCAAGGCCGUGCCAGCCAAGCCUGGCCGUGCCUGUCCGCGCCCAGCAGCGCCUAGUGCCGAGGCCGGUCGCACCCAGCUCGUGCCCAGCGCCGUGCCAGGGCCCCAGCAGGCUCGGCACAGGACCGAACCCGGCCAGUGCGAGUAUGUAUAUGAGUUUUAUCCUCUUGGGGUUAAGGCUGAGUUGUCCUUUCCUAAGUUCUGGUGGUGGCCCAGUUCGCCUUAAAUAUACCAUCAGAGUGUGCACACGGUACCGGCCAGAGUGUCCGGGAGUUACCGGCCAGAGUGUCCGGGAGAUUAUAGAUACCGGCCAGAGUGUCCGGGAGUUUCAAUGGCAGGGUCGGCGGGCAGGCGUGAGUCCAGCUGUGGUGGUUGUGGUCGCGGAGUUGGCACAGCUAGCCGAUUCGGGACAUUUGUUUACCAUGUUUUCCGUAGCUAUAGAACGUACCCGUUCGGUAAUCUUCUUUGAGAAUUUACUCCUACUGGUUUGGGCACCGAUAGAAGCCCGAGGGGCAUUCGGAGAUUGGGUUAUUAAAUUGAUUCUUAUUCAUGCUGAGAUCAUACUGUUGAUUAAUUUGAUUAAUGUUGAGCACUACUUUUUCCAACUGUGCUCAUCCCCACCUGAAAUUAACGUUUCAGGAACCAAAAAGGAAUAUGUGUUUGAUAUACCUUCCAAUAUGCUGAAUGCUAACUACAAUGCUGAAAAGUUUGAUUGGAAACGGUUGACAUCUCCUGGCCAAAGCAAUGGGUUUGAUUGUGGUAUGUUUACAAUCAAGUUUAUAGAAUUUUUCCAUGCUGGAAAGAAUGUUGAAGGCGUAGAUCAAUCUCGGAUUAGUGAUUGGCGUGUAAAACUAACGACUGAAAUAUUUGGUGUUCAUUUUGAUCCAUAG